AUGAAUGCUGUGAUCGAAAUCCCAAGCGACUUGUGCAGCGGCCGGGCUGGGCAGGGCGUUUUAGCUGGAAAAGCACAGCUGCCCAAAUGGCUUUUGCUGUAUACGGGCGACGAAGUCCCCGCUGGGGGAGAUGCCAGGCGGCCGGCAGGAGCCGAGAUCCGGAUGGCGUGCAAAAUUAGUGCUGUGCAGAAAUAUCUGCCGGGUCGCAUGCACACGGGCCUCCUGACUCAGGAGGUAGAGGCUUGGAACGAGCUGAAGUUCAGCGUGCCGAGCCGGUCGAGCGGCUAUGCCUCAUCCACCGCCCACGAGUGUAAAUUUUGUGAAUGGGUAGUGGAGAAACAGUUCACAUUCAGCCAGCCCAUUGCGAUGACUCGCUUGCAGUUUCCGGGCAAGCAGUUCCAGAGGGUCUGUACAGCAACUCCGGAGAUUGUUCAAACAUGCAAGCAGUCAGGUGGCCGCUGCAGCGGCACUUUGAACAGAAAUGCUGCAGGCCCAGGUGCAGCAGGUGCGGCGGCGGCAGCUGAUGGAGGCCGUCUUGUGGAUGCAUCUUUUGAUAGGCCAUGGCUUAUCCGAGUGCCUCGAAGUUUGCAUUUCUUGUCGGAGAAUCCUGAUGGUGAUGCAAACAGAAGUUUCUGCACACCCGUCUCUGUGGCGAAAUCCUUGCACUUGCCAGUGGGGGAGCCACCAAAUGCUCUGGCUGUGCAGGUUCAGCCUGUGAAGGAUAAGCUUAGCCCAUCGCAACAGCUGAGUUUGCUCCGCAUGAACUUUUCGUUGCAAUUUGCUGCAGAUAUGAGAACGGUGCUAUCAUGUGCCGUUCAGUUCUUGAACCCUUUUCUGGGGUCAGUGGACGAGGGUAUGCUUCAGCGAGCUUUGGGCAGCCUCCCCCACUUUGCGACAGUGCGAAAGUGGAUGCUCAAGCUGGAUUUGCUGAGCAUGCAUUUCCGAAGAAGGCUCAUGCGUAGCGAAGUUGCAGGGGACCAGGUGCGAGUGGCUCGUUACCUGUCGAUGGAUGCCUCGCCCCAAGCAGGUUACGAAUAUUUGGCAACCACAGAGGAGACAAUUCGAAGAUGUGUCCCUGUGCAGGCUUCUGCGUGCCCUUGGAAGGGUUUCACCCAUGAGUUCAGGACUAUGGUGAUCACGACUUUAGGUCGAGGCGAGACACGUGCCUUUCUCAAGGCUUGCCGCCUGCGGCAUGCAAUCAUACUUGAGAACGGUCCUGACUACGAGGACACAUAUCGUGCCCAGGUCAAAGGCUGGGUUUCGGAUCAAGGGACGGAAAGAAAGGUACCCCAGAUGCCUGUGUCAGGAGAUCCUGCAGAGCUGCAGGCUUUGGCAGCACUUGUUGCUGCUGAAGGCGACCCGGAUGUUGAGCAUCUGGUGCGGGGCACCUCAAAAGCAUUGCUCUGGAACAGCUUUAGGCAUUUGGGCUUGAUGCACGUCAUGUUUAAUUCCUUGGAGGAGUCAUGCAAAGGGUGUCCUCGCUGGGAUUCCUUCGAGAAACAGUUGUCUGCCAUCUCCAAACUGUUGCGUGACAGAUCUUUCAGGGACAUUGUGGUGCAUCGGAUGAUGGCUACGGCCACAGCACAGGAGAAGAGCACUGUGCAGGCAUAUCACGGGGAGCUUUUGUCUUGGAGAUGGGAGUCUCUUUACGAAACCUUGAAACAUUAUGUGCAUGUACGUCCAAUUCUGAUGAAUUACUGGGACCGGGAGUUGCUGAGUUCCGAAGCCCAACUCUGCGAUGCUGUGGGGGAGGCCUUGACGGAUCCCUUUCACUCAGCGUAUGCAGAGUGGGCAUUCAUGUUUUCGGGUUUUGUUCAGCGAUGGUCUCGCUGGAUGGAAGGGUGCUUCUGCCAUGAGAGUGAACUGAAGGAAGCAAAAACCCGGAAAGCCAGGGAAGCUAUUUCAUGUUGCUGGAAGGGAAAGCGAACAGCAGUGCUUGCAGCGGGCUAUGGAGAGACCAUCCUUGCUGAGGCCAGGGCAUGCACCAGUCCCAGGUAUGCUGAGGCAGUCUUGAGGUUGCCGCGGGAAGUGGCAGCCAUGGCUUUCAUGGACCAGCAGGCCCGGGAGAAGUGGGCGACCGUGUUCGAGUCCAAAACCGUUUACUUUCAGCAGUUGCCCUUCCGGCUUGCAGGCGCUUAUGCUCACUUUUGCAUGCCUGAGAGGUAUACACUUGAGGGAAGCAAAAAGAUAGUCGCGGAGUGUUUCCGGGAGUAUGACAGGUUGUGUGCUGUGGGCCGUGUUGAUGCUUUGCUGCACGGCAUUUUCCAGAGGCAAGGUGCAGCCGCGACAGGUGUGGCAGAGCAGCUGUGGGCUUUUGCGAAUUCACCAAGCGGACCACACGGUCGACAGCUGGAGGAUUUCCCUUUGGCGUGGGCAGAAAUUCAGGAACGAGCCUUUUGCUCUUGUGUGGAGCGAGCCACAGAGAAGCAACAUGUCCUGAUCAAAAUCGGAGCCCGGAGAACACUUCGCUUCUCUGGGCCGGCCAUGGCAUGUGUCCGGGCACGGAGGAGGCAGCAUGAGGCAUUCAUGGAUGAUGGAGUAGGUCGCGUGUUUUUGCUCGAGAACUGGCCAAAACAAAGUCUGGAUGUCGAGCUUUUGUCACAUGUGCUUCCACGUUCAUCGUGCUGGCAGAAGACCUUUGCGUACAGACUGUCUCGUGUGUACGGGUACAAUGAGGCGGACCACUUCAUGGAGACAGGGGAGACGGAGGCCAGUGCUGAAGCGUUGGGAGAUGCCACCGACAAGGCACUGAAAUCAGCCGCAGCCCUGGUGAAUGGAGAGGCGCUCUUUGACACCUUGCAAGCCAAAUCUGUGCCAGAUGAGAGGCAGGACGAGGAAGAUGCGGGGAAGCACACACUUCUGGACAUGGCACAGGCUUUGAUUCCGAAGGAUGUGGUAGCUAGGAAGGCCGAAGACCAUGUUUACAGCUAUGUCGUGGAUGCACGGCCCGAAAGGCGGCAUCAGCAGCUAGGUGUCGGCAGUGUUAAGAACAGACAUGUCCUUCAGUGCAUCAGGUUUUUGCAGGUCAGCCUUGAAGACCUCGAACAGCCCCGUGUUUCGUACACCAGUGUCCGGAAACACGAUCUGGAUCUGAGUGCUGUGGCUACUCAGGCAGGUCUCGAGAUGAUGUCUUCGGCCUGUGUCGUUUGGCUGCCUCAAUGUACAUCAUUGCAGGUCAAGCUACAGGCCGAGCUGUUAGACAGCUCCACAGGUGUGCAAGCAGCACCAUUGCGACUGCCUGCUGUUGUCUCAGACGAGGACAUGCUUUGCGACUUGGCCGAGGAAGACAGGGAGCGGCAGGAACUGGAGCUUGUAGUUCCUGAAAACAAAGGGGUUGACGUUUCUGCGACCAUGGUGAUGUCAGAUCUUGAGCAAGCCUUGGUAGACACCUUGUUCCAACGAAGAGCGGUAGCAGAUAAUUUUGUUCCGGCAUUAGGUCUUCCCUAUUUUGGUAUUGCGGCAGCACAAUCGCUUUCAGAGAAAGGGAUCCUGCAAGUCAGGGAGGACGAUUUCGGAGAGUUGCAACUGUCACUGACGGAGAAGAUGCAAGUCAGAGGUGUUGUCACUUUGACGGAUCCAGUGUCCUUGGCUGACCACGAGCCACAGAUGCAGAGCUCAGCUGGUAGAAACAAGCUCUCUUGGCUUAAACUGCUGCUGAUGCAGGACUGGAAGCCUGGCCAGCGUAGGAAAAAAACGUUUGAGUGGCGGCACAAAGAUGAGGCUCGAGAGCUGCCAGGCAACAUGUUGAGCAGACCCGAGUUUCACUUCAGAGCUCUUGCUUUUGAAGCAACAAUCUUCGAGAAGCCCGGGAACCUGAGCAAAAUUUCGCAUUGUGGAAGCAGUGCGUAUUACGAACUUCUGUUGACAAAGGAAGAUUUGACGGGGAUUGGGGAGUGGACACUGGAACAGACGAUGAAGUUCGCUUGGCCCCGCAAGAGAAAGCAGGGCAGCGAGCCAAAGUCCCGUGUCGCCCGCCCCAGAGCAUUGGAGCCGCCCAUGCAAUUGCAAAUCGAGAUGCCGGGUGAGAAGCCCGUGCAAUCCCGAGUGCCUGGGCUUGAAGGGCUUACGGUUUAUUUCGACAACUUUACACAUCAGUCUGGGCGUCGUCGGGCUUUCAUUGCCUGUGGGUGUGCUGCCCACAAAGGACAAUGUCGUCGCUAUGUUUUCGUGACUGAUUACCCUAGUAUCCAAGAUUGUGUUGCUUGGUUGUUGACCUGGGCCUCUGCGGCACAGCGGUUUCGCACGACUGCGGAGCAUGUCGGCCACAAUCCCACUUCUGAAGCUGUUCGUAGCAUGAAGCAGCGGCAGUCUCUGGGACUGUAG